CGAAGGCCGAGACUUGGAGAGGGGCGCGUGGUGGGUUUGCCUCACUCGCCGUCUCCUCAGCCAGUACCUGAGCACGACAGACCUGUGCCUGUCCUUGGCGGCCACGUCGAAAGCCUUUCGGGCUUUUGGACGCCAGCCGUGGCGCCUCCG